ACUCUAACUGAAAAUAAUAUUGUAUGAAAAGACAGAGAAGUACGAUUACCACUUUUAUCACUAUUUCUAAUAUUUCGGACCAAGCUUACCUGAUCUUAACAAUGGAAAUAGAAUGGCCUGGAAGAUGGGAUCAUGUUAAAAAAAUUUUGGAACGAACUGGGCCAUUUGCCCACCCUGAUUUCGAACCAUCACCAGAGGUAAUCAUAGAGUUUGACACUUAGAAGUUAGACUUGGACUUAAAUAAACUUAAGGCAAAGCUUUUAAUUUUAACCAACGUUGACUAACGGCUAACGCGUAACGGCUUACGGCCUUACGUUUUAAUUUAACUUAAGGCAGUCACUCUUAAGAAUAAGACUAAGAGUUAGACAUGAAAACUAACUUUUAAGUCGACUUAAAUUUGAGAGUAGCCAGAAUCAGAGAGAGUAAUUACAUUCAAUCAUGACAUUCUUCUGAAAUCCAACUCACAGAAACCAGAGCCAGAAGUGAGAGAAAAAAAAUUAACAGGACAUAGGCCUAAGUAAAUUGAAGAAGACAAAUUCAGUUAAUACUUCAGUCCCUAGGCAUUGCUAUUAGUAUUUAUGUAUUUAUGGCAUAUUUCCAUCUGCGGAAAUUAUUAGUAUUACUGUUAUUAAUAUUAGGUAUUUUAGUGAACAUAUUUGGAAUCAUUAGGGGCCAUCGAUAAAUGAUGUCAUGCAAAUUUUGCUAAUUUUUUAGCCCUAUCCCCCCAUCAUCAGAAAUUGUCACAAAAAGUUAGACUCCCCCUCAAAUAUAAAGCCACAAAUCUCUGCACCCCCCCCCCCUAUAAAAAGUCCCUUUUCCACUACUUUCCUUUACAAACCCCUUAAGUAAUUCAACUCCAGUGGAUAUCAAAUUAUUGAACCCGUGUCAGAACAUUUCACUAGAACAGUGGACUGAGUGGUUCUUAACCAGGGGUAAGAGUACCUCUCCAGCCCUAAGGUGUGGAAGACCAUAAAAUUGUAUUCAGCGGCGUAGCUAGGGUGAUGCGGACUGCACGGGUUGACAUCAUCCAAGGGGGUGACACCAAAUUGAAAACUUGCGUAAUUACAUAGCACACACUGUUUGGUCUAACCGAAAUUCAUAAAAAUAAAAGGAUAACAGAUGACAUGUACAUUUUCCACUCAUGUAACCAACAAAAUGAGUGUUAUAUAAAAAUAAAAAUUUCAAGGUUGAUGCACCAGCAAUUAGGUUACUUUAUUAUUACGUCAGAAACGCACCGUUUUGACCAUGUUUCAAUGCGGAAUGAGGUAUUCAGUAACUUUUGUAAGUGAUAGGAAGCUAUAUUUAUCUAAAUUCUGAGAAAUAAAACUAUCCUUUGAUAACAAUGGGUGAGUCUAAGUACAAGUUAGGUCUUAAAUACAUUUACCCCCCCCCCGAACUUCAAUUAUGUUGUUUUUGUUCUUCUAUUUGUUAUACUGUGGACUAAAUUUAACAAGAAGAAUUACAUCAUGGAAAAGUUUUUAUGCAUUUUAAUUUUAAUUAAUAGCAGUAAAUAUUUUUCUGGUGAAUUUUGUUGGCGCAUUGUGUGUAAUUUUUGCCCUUUUUUUUAUAAAAAGUUAAUCAAAGAAAUAAAACUAUGAUAACUAAAUUGUUUAAUUAUUUUAAAUUUUAUUACAAUAUAUAAUUUAUACUGUUGGGAGAGGGAUGUUUAAAAUGGAGUGGGCCUGCAGCGCUGCAAAAACAGGUUAAGAAUCCCUGCCCUAGAGCAUUUACUAGGAUAAACACCCCUCCUCAAUGUAAUUGUCUGUAAUUUAGGGUUAUUCAGUGCCAUUCUUUACUACAAUAUUACAGUUUUCAUGUUAUGUCACUUGACUUGAGGCCCCCCCCCCCACCCUGUCACAUAUUGUCACAAAAAUCUUAACCCCCUCCCCCCUAGAUGCAAGAUGUCAUCUAUGGAUCCCUCCUCAAUGUUAUUGUCUUUAAUUUAGGGUUAUUCAGUGCCAUUCUUUACUACAAUAUUACAGUUUUCAUGUUAUGUCACUUGACUUGAGGCCCCCCCCCCCCACCCUGUCACAUAUUGUCACAAAAAUCUUAACCCCCUCCCCCCUAGAUGCAAGAUGUCAUCUAUGGAUGGAUGGCCCCUUAUGCGCUCAUCUGUGCAUACAAUGCUAAGCGUUAUCGGCAGACUGAAAUUUUUUAAUAAGGCAAAGGUAUCAGCAGACAGAAAUGUUCACAUAAUUAUGCAAAUUUCUAGAAAUAAUAAGGAUCAAAUUCCAAUCUGGGAGGGGGUAGUGUAGGAUAUAUUGAUCUUUAAUGAGCAUGGCACAAACACAUUUCAAAACAUGUACAAAUUAAAUAAAACAUUUUAAUAGGCCUAACUAUAGCCUACUAUCAAUUAUUAUGUCACACCAUAAUAUAGGCCUAAUAUAAUGCCAUAUUAUGUGAAUUCGUUUUAAAAAAUAUAUUUGAUAUUGGGCAGUUUAUGUGCAAACAUCUGCUCUGUUACGGGCCGACAUAGGGUAUAUUAGACCUAUAGAGUGUUACUAAUAUAUCAAGUCGAUCCUCCUAGACAUGACUCUAAUUUUAUAGUAUUCCAUAUUAAAUAUUAUAAUAGUAAUAAAAAUAUGUAGCCUAAGUGAGGCUGGUUCCAUGGGCUCUGAAGUUUCCCUUUCCUUGUAAGGGAGUUGGGGGGGGGGGGUCAGUUGCAUGUUUCCUUUCUUCACAUAGACUUACGUUUAUCCAAUUUAGGUCUUAAAAUGAUGUCAAAAAUUGACAGGGUAUCAUUUAGUUUCUUUUAAGCACUCUGAUAUUUCACCUGGUCCAGAAAUUUUCUGUCUGAAAUAGUUGCAGGUUCAUGCCGUGCUACAGUAUCAUGAUGCAUAGAGGGGGCUGCAUUAGGCGGCCAUGUGAAAGAUGGGGAGGGGCAGCUGCAUUUAAGCCCUACUUCAAAAUAUAAAUACAGUUUAAUCUUUAAGAGGCGACAUUGUGUUCAAUGAGCCAACCGAGGGUCCUAGAUGACGGCUAGGAUUUUUUCCUGGUUCUUGAGGGUGUCCCUGAAUCUACCCAGCUCUGGUGGGUUCCUGACAUUAGUUGGGGAAAAGUAAAGGUGGCUGGCCAUUGUGCUGGCCACACACUCAGCUAAUAUGCCCUAGCCACAGAAACUUCUGAACGCUGCUUUAAUUGCCACUCCAGAAAUAGUUGAACUAACAACAAUGAAAUGAACAUACUGAAAACAUACUGAGUGGCAUGUUGUUUCCAUACUUUUCAGGAUCCUCAUUAGAAACUACAAUUAAACCACAAAAAAUGGGACAUUUUAUGUAUACCUUAACCAACUCUAAGAUAAAAAAUAUUUGAAUGAGUUAAUGUUCAUUUGCUUAUUACAGAAAAAUCAAAUGGAUUUUACAAAUGUACAGUUAGAACAGUAUAUAUCCAAGUAUAUCAAAAUGUAUAGUUAAAACAGCUAUCAGGGUUCUUACGUUAAAAUCAUUUAAAAAUGUCCAAACUUUUCUCAAACUUUAUAAAGAAUCCCAAACCAAUUUUCCUUGAUGUAUUAAAUUUAAUUUCGUCAUUAAAAAAAAAAAGUGUACAUGAAGGUAAAAUAAUCAUUAAAACUUGCCACAAAUGCACUUAAUUUGAACUAGUUGAUGGACUCUUUCAUCCUACUUGAAUAAACAAAUCAUAAAGUUUUUCUAACUGCAUCUCAUUCAAAAAUAAGUUAGGACUGAUUUAGGCUUCAACACUCAUACAAAUUUUUCAAAAUUCUGCUAGUGAGACGUGUUUAUUCGAAGUGUAAAAAAAAAAUUCAUGCAUAAAUUAUACAAAUCAGGAUAUCUCAUUGGCAUAAAUUUUGCGAUUUCAGUUUGAUUCAUAAAGAUAUUAGUUCAUUCAAUUCAAGAUUAUAUAUAGUUUUAUAUUUUUUAAUUAAUUUAUUAUUUUUAUAAUUUUUUGUGCAAUAUGAGUGCCAAGCUUGUAAAAAGUGCUUUGUCUCCUUGGCAAGUUAGUUGCCUUCAUAAAAUUGUGUCUUUAUUUUUUUUAAAAGUGUUUUAUCAUUUAAUCAUAGAAUUAGAAGAAAAAUAAUUAAAAAUCUAAAGAUUUAAAUAAAUUUGAUCUGUUUUUGCAAGUUUUGAUAAACAUGUGACAUGCCGCAAAUGGACAUAGCAGUGCAAUGGCUAUUUAAAUAUCAAUCAAUUUCUUAAAGAGAAAUCUAUUUGAGCAUGAGGUGGAUCACUAAAACUGGUAAUGUUCCAAGUGCCUCAAAUGCAAAGAACAUAAACAUCCAAUAGUUCCUGAAUGCACAGAUUUAAAAAUAAAUUGUAAUGUCUGUUAUAAAUAAGGGAUGCAAAAAAAAAUAUUUUUAAAACCCACAGUCAAAAGAUGCACAUGUAAAUGUAAGACUACCUCUGUUUUAAAAUAAGAAUUUGUCUAAUUGAGUAACAUGAAGUUUAAAUUGUCCACUUGAUUGUUUUUUUUGUGUGUAAAUAACUUUUAACAGCUAAAAUUAUAACAACCUGUAAUUUAUGUAAAAAUACUUUGUGGGCUGAUGGGGAAUUUUUACAAGUUAUAAAUAAUUUCUCCAUGUUUUACAAUGCUUUACAAAAUCUUUAACAUUAGGGUCAAAUACAAUUUUCCGAUUCUUCCAAUAAUAUUCAAAUAUUAAUUUUCUAUCUGAAUAAACAGAUUUUAUGAAAAAAUUCCACGUGUUUUUUUUUUGUGUGUUUGCCUUCUUUGCAUCUGAUCACCCAAAACUAUUUUUUUUACACAUUUUCACAUUAUUGCAUUAUGUUUCUCACAGCUUUUAAGUGUUGAACUUAUAUGUUAAGAAACAUUUAUAGAAGCUUCAUGCAUUUGCCUACAAAUUUAUAUAUAAAUGUCAUGCAUUUGAGAUAUUGAUUCUAAAAGUAGUUGACUCUUUUUAAGGUCACUAGAGAUCCAAUGAAAGAAAUUAACCAUUAAAGGAAUGAAAAGAGUUAAGUUAGGCCUAGCCUAUGAGCUAUUAUAAUCAUGACAUAGAAAUUGGGAUAUUGUAAUGAAGCAUAUUUUAAGAACUCUUCUGGCUUCUGAACAGAUAAUUUGACUAAAUUCAUGGACAAGUUGUGUCCAGUUACCAGUAAACUUCAUAUUUAAUUUAUUAAUAAAAUUGAAUUAGCUUAGUAAUCAGUCUGAUAAAGCCUGAGCCAUCUUCUAAAUUUAUUGACUAUCACUUUUUACAGUUGUCUUUCAUCAUGAUCAGCAGGGAAAGACCAUUUCUUUAGGGGCUAGUGUUUAUGACAUUUAUUAUUUUUGUUCCAAAAAAUUAUUUUGUUAUUGUAACGCUUUAGUCACCUUAAGUUUGUGAAUAACUUUGAAUAGCUUGAUUCACCCAUUUUAAAAAAACAACAUAAAUCAGUGUAUCUUACAUUGUUGAUGAAUGGUUGAUACUAAGAGGCACAUGAGUUAUAUUUACAUGAGUUAAUGUUGACUCUUAGGAGAGGGGCAGAGUGUGAUAAGGGUGUACACCUAUGAUUAAAUCAUCUAAAUUACUGAUUAAUUGGCUUUGCUGCAUUGGUCGACGCCAAUUAUUUAUCAAGGUGAAAUGUUUUAACAAAUGUUUAGGCACUGGAAAAAAAAGUUAAUAUUUGUUGUUAAACUGGGUGAACUGUAAUUAGCGCUGCUUGGAUUCCCAAACAUUUUAUCCUUAUAUCUUGACCAUGUGUAUUAACCUUUGAUUACCUACAUGAAAACAGUUGAAUUCUAUACAUUGAAAUUUAUUCAUUAAAAUUUCCCCAGACACUGAACUUUCUGAAAGACACUUGUAAAGUAUUGGUUAUUGGAGCUGGAGGUUUAGGCUGUGAACUUCUUAAAGACUUGGUAAGUACUAUAUGUUUAAAAAAAAAAAAAAAAUACAUAAAAAAUUGAUGCUUAAAAUAUGACACUCAAUAAUUAGGGGUUAGCUUGGUACUGACCCAGAUACUCAACCAGGCACCAGGAAAUAUUAGCACAUCUGGAACAUACCCAGAAGCAGCACCAAAAAAAAAAAUGGAACGGGGUCUGGGUGUUUAAAAAAAAAAAAGAUUUAUUUUAAAAUUAUAAUGUAAUUGCUGAAAAUUAUGUUAUUAUUUGUCUUAGCUAGAUGCAUAUCUUUGGUUAAGACCAUGGCAUUUUCUAUUUACAAUUAAUAUUUCGUAUCACAUUCUGACUGGCUGAUGACACUGAAUAGCCAAAGAUUGUACGUGUGUGUGGAUCUAAGUUCUAAGUUCAUUAGAUUUCUUAGUUCAUUCACAGAAUUGAAUGAUAGGCAUGUAAUAUAAAACUCAUUUUAUAAGUGAAGCAAUUUGCUUAACCAAAGGGUGGUAGGGUGGUAUCACCAUGAUGAUUAUAUACAUAAUAAUCAAAAUAAUGGGUAUAUGUUGGUAUCAGAGAAAUGAAAACUACCGGUACCAGCAACACUAAAGUAUAUUGUAAACCUCCGCUCCAUAUUUUGAAAUGUUUAUGGGUUAUAGCGUGGUUUUUAUCUUGUGGGUCCAUCUCUGGGUGUCAAAAUGUCUGGGGUCGCUUGAGAAUUUGAGUGUAAAUUGUGCAUUUUUCUUAUUUUAAUUUUCAUGUUAAAAUUUAAAUAUUGUUUUACAAUUACAGUGACCGAGUCUAGUUUCUUAUUGUUACUAAACUCUGACUUCACUAUAGCUACAUAAAAUAAUUUUGAUUUGAUGUAUGUCAGCAGCUAAUUUAAUAAAAAAAUAUUUUGAAAGUUUCUUUUCAUUUAAAAAAAAAAUAUAAAAUAUAUUUUAUUUUUCAUUUUUUUCCCCUUAACUUAAUAUUUGACAGCUUAUACCCAAGACUAAAACCAUAUGUGUGAAUUGAUCACAAAAAGUUCAAAAUUUUCUGAGUACCGUCAUUGACUUACAGAGCCUCUCUACAGAACCCUCAGCCCUUCUUAGCCAUAAUUUCUGCUUUAUUAUCAUUAUUAUUAUUGGCCUUUUUAUAUAGCGCGGUAAGCAAGCCUAGGGCCGGGCUCACCACACUGUACAUACAAUUUAACAAACAUAAUCAUGAACUUAAAAAUUAACAUACAUACAUUAAAUAAAACAAAAAAAAAUUUACAUUCCUCCACCCCUGAUAAAAAUUACUGUACCAACACUUUAUAAUUAUAUCAACAAAAAACCUCUGCCCCCUCCCCCUUCUCAAUGCCUAUUUCUCAUUUUCAAGGUAUAAUUUGGGUUGUGGGUCACCGCAACUUGGGAAAUGUUAUAAAAGGGUCAGGGAACUUAAAAGUUUGAGAACAGCUGGGUUAGGAUUAUAUUAUGAAAUUAAUUGUGUUUUGAAGCCUUCAACUCUGAAUGCCUUCGUGAUUGCUAAUGGUUCCAUACAUACACUUUUCAUUUCUUCCCCUUAGGUGGAACACAUUAUAGAAAACUGUGAGAUAUGACUUUGUGUUACUGGACUAAUUAAAUAAUGGAAUGCAUACUAUGCUACUUUCUAUGUCAAAGUCUUAACAUCUAAAAAUAAAAUUUUUACAUUACUGCAUCGGGUUAUGAUGCUUUGUAUCCUCAAAAGAAAUAAUGACAAUUUACCACAUGCUUUAAAUGUAUAGUUAGGAAAUUCGUAAGUCAGACUUUCCUUACUUUGAGAGAAAUAUCUAUGAAUAGUUGUUCACGAUUCCAACAUCACUGGGCUUGAUAAAUUUGUACCUUCCAAAUAAUACUGGCCUACCUCUGUGUCAAAGUCUUAACAUCUAAAAAUAAAAUUUUUACAUUACUGCAUCGGUUUAUGAUGCUUUGUAUCCUCAAAAGAAAUAAUGACAAUUUACCACAUGCUUUAAAUGUAUAGUUAGGAAAUUCGUAAGUCAGACUUUCCUUACUUUGAGAGAAGUAUCUAUGAAUAGUUGUUCACGAUUCCAACAUCACUGGGCUUGAUAAAUUUGUAACUUCCAAAUAAUACUGGCCUAGCCCCUUUUCACAUCCCUCAAUUACAACUACAAACAAAAAAUAUUUCCUAAAAACUGUGAAGACCUUAAAUUUAACAAAAAUCUUUGUACAUUUUUAAAUAUCUGUAUCAUUAAUGACUUUUUCUGUAUUGUUAUCUUCAUUAAAAACUUUGUCUCGCUCCUGAACUAUAUUAAAAAAAUUCUUAACCAGUUUUCAUGUCUGUAACAACAUUGCUUUUUUUUUCUCCCCGAAAUAUUAUUAAUCUAUAAUCUAAAAAAAAUGUACCCGCACUUUUCCAUGUUUGUAUUUUGAAAAAGAAAUGUUUUAUUUUUUAAGAAAAUCUUAACCCAUUGAUGUUCACGCUCCUGGACUGUAUUUUUGAGACACUAUUUUUAAAGAUUACAUUUUCACAUAAGUAAAAUAAUUGGGUUUUGAACUGUAUCUUUGAAGAAAAAAAAAGAGAAAAUCUUUAUGUCUUUAGUUUCAAGGAAAAUCUUCUCCUCUACUUUCUUCUUCUUUUGGUUUUGAGGCAUGGGUAUACUUAUGCUAAAGUGCCCAAUGUACUCUCCCUCUUUCCUCCUACCCCCCCCCCACCCCCCCUGAAAAAAAUGUUUUAGGAAGAAAAGGUUAAAUACAUUAUUUCUUCUAGAUACCAUUUCCCCUGUGUCACAUAUUUUGGCAUUGAGAUUUAGCUGGACUUAAAGAAAUAUUGCAACUCAUAUUCAUAUUGUGGCAUAUUUUUUGCUGCCAACAGGGACAAAAUCCCAGUCCCUCAUAAACAUUAUUUAAAGGCAUCCCCCAAGAUGGUAACCCCCCCUUAGGUAUGCUGCGGCAGACUUUUUGCACGCCCCUAAACAAUUGUAACAUACCUAUCCACGCAAUUUGCUACAUUUUCUUUAAAAAGUAAUUGCUAUUAAAAAGGAUUUUAUUAUUUAUUUUCAAAUUAAAACCAUUACGAACGAUCAAAUCUGUAAUAUAAUUGGGUUUGGAGAUAUCGAUAUUUGGAUAUUAAUAUUGGUGCUGCAGCCACACUAACAUUUUUUUUUUUUGCCAAUGAAAUGAAAAAAUAGAAAAAGUUCACAAUUUCUUUUUAAAGAUUUAAAUAUGCCGAUAUUCAAGAUUGUAACAUUUUGGGGUUUUCAGAUGUUGAUUUGAUGGCAAUGACAUUUUCCAAGUACAUAAAAAAAUGUAUUUAAUAUAUAUUUGCUUUCAAAUUUAGAAGAGUAAUGCGUAGAUGAUAAGAAUGCCAAUCAUGCCAAUCUUGUUUUAAACAGUUUCUUAAGUCUCAAAUUCUGAUAAAUACUUAAAAUGAUUCGUUAAGUAUAAUAUUUAUUUUAUUUCUAAUCUAUAAUAAAUUUUACUUACAUAUUAUGGUUUACAUAUACUUGUUUAAAAUCAGAUUUAUUUUAUCAGAUUUAAAUUGAUUCGAUUUGUUUAAAAGAACAACAACUUACCAUUAUUGUUUUUAAGAAUCUAAUUUGGAAAAAGCAUUGUAUAUUUUGUGGCUACUGAACACGAAUAUGCAGGCUGAUUUGUAUAGUUGUCGGGAAUUUCAUUUUGUACGCUAUAUAACUCAGCCUUACUUUGCGACAUCAGCUAUUCUUAUAUAUUUGAGAAGAUAACUCUUUUUUUUGGUCUCAAAAUACCCGAACCAAGAGGUAAAAAACUUCACCUUAUUUUAAUAAAAGUUUUCCAACUAAGUAUUUUACAACUGUAUUGUAAUCAUUAAAUACACAGCUUCAUUUUUGUUUAUGUACUUACUUAGGAAUAUAAAAUGUCCAUCAAUCAAUGGUCCUCUGAAAACUUCAGUGAAAUUCACUACACAGAUCAAUGUUUACUUAGUGCAGAAAUUUUUAUUUCAGUUAUGCUCUGUCGAUGUUUGUUUUAAAAACAUUAUUUCAAAUAAUUUCUCUGUUAGGCAUUGAUGGGAUUCAGGGAUAUUCAUGUGAUUGAUAUGGACACAAUUGAUGUUUCCAAUUUAAACCGACAGUUUCUCUUCAGGUAUGUACAUUUUAGAUAAUUCGAAAUGAAAAUUUCAAGUCCUAGUUUUAAAUGACAUGUAUAGUUUCAAAACAAUUUUUUUUUUAAAUGUGUAGUAUAAUUGUUUUUAACAAAUUAUUUUCUUUCAACCAGGGCAAAAGAUGUUGGUCGGGCUAAAGCUGAUGUGGCCGCAGCUUUCAUCAAUUCUAGAGUUCCUGGCUGUAGAGUAACGCCGUAUCCUUUUCAAAACAAAACUAGGAGGGUCGUGCUGUAGAUUGAGUCCAUGAAUGACGAUGUAUAAUAUAUUGAGUUAACACUUUUUCAAAACUUCCUUAUGAAAGAAAGACAUUUUGCAAAGAUCCAAGACUUUGAUGAGCAGUUUUAUAGGGGUGAGUGAAGAAAGAUACAACAAAAUGUUAAUCAUGCAAAAUGUCACAUUUUAUGAAGAAAUGCUUUUCUUUCAUUUAAAAGUGUUUCGUUCCUCAAUUUCAUUUUGAUUAUUGUUCUAGAUUUUCAUAUUGUGGUUUGUGGGCUGGACUCAAUAAUAGCCCGUCGUUGGAUAAAUGGAAUGCUAGUAAGUGUCACUUUGUUUCGUUUUGCAUUUUAUGUUAUUGUUAAAUCAAAAUUAAAAAAUAAGAUACAUUUAUUAUCAUUCAAUAUAAAUUUAUGUAAUUUUGCAGUCGGAUCAUUUCUGUUUUAUUUUGUAGGCCCAUUUUAAAAGAUGUUUCAGAAAUGCUUCUGAUCUUUAUUCCAAAAAAUAUAUAUGUUUAUUAUAAUUAAAGCAGGUAGUAACAAAUCUCAAAUUAUUUCUGCUUAUUUAUAGUAGUUACAUAUAAGAUAUGCUAUUAAACAAAUUGUGGCAGAUUUAAUUUUGAGACUGCACUCCUUUUCACAGAUCAGUAUGUUAAAGUAUGAAGAAGGUGUUCUUGACCAAUCUAGUCUCAUUCCAAUGGUGGAUGGUGGCACCGAAGGGUUCAAAGGCAAUGCAAGAGUCAUACUUCCUGGCAUUACAGCUUGUGUAGAGUGCACACUUGGUCUAUAUCCUCCACAGGUGAGGAUUGUAGUUAUAAGGGAGAGAAGUAACUGACUUAUGGGUCACAUAGUUAUAAGGGAGAGAAGUAACUGACUUAUGGGUCACAUAGUUAUAAGGGAGAGAAGUACCUGACUUAUGGGUCACAUAGUUAUAAGGGAGAGAAGUAACUGACGUAUGGGUCACAUGCACACAAACUCUAGUAAAUCUAUUUGUCCUUAUUUAACUAAUGCUCCCUCAAUACAAACAAAUGGCAAUGUAAGUCACUGUGGUUGUAAUUAAUUGCAACACAAAAAAUUUAAAAAAAAACAUUUUUUCCACAUCCUGACUUGAAUGCACCAAUAAGCACCUGGGUCAGUAAUGUAUUCACUAGCCUUAGGGAAUGUUACAUAAUUCCUAAUAAUGAACAGAUCUUGCCUUUCACAUGUGAUUCAACAGCUUACAUGAAUGUUUUGUUUAAAUGCAGGUUAACUUCCCCCUGUGCACUAUCGCUCACACUCCCAGGUUGCCAGAGCACUGCAUAGAGUUUGUCAGGAUACUCCUUUGGCCAAAGGAAGAACCUUUUGGAGGUAUCAUUAUUUUUAAUUUUUUUUUUUUUCUGAAAAUAAAGUUUAUUGACCCUCCUGAAGAGGUCCAUUAUUAUUAAAUGUAUUGAUUUUAUACUUGAAGCUGGUCUACUAAGUGCUUUCAUUUUUAUUACAGUAGUAAUGCACUUUUUGAAUUCAAUUUUUUUAAACAUAUUUCAUUUUAAGUAUAUUAUUUAGAACUAAGGCAGGAAUAACAGUGGGAAUAUUUUUUUCCUUUUUUUUAAAAAAAAUGAUUCAACCAACUGAAAUCAUCAUGUCAUUUUCUCAGCCGGAGUAUCCAUUGACGGAGAUGACCCCCAGCAUAUAAAAUGGAUAUUAGAGAAAUCCCAGGAGAGAGCCAGUCAGUACAACAUUGCAGGAGUCAACUAUAGGCUUACCCAAGGUAUAAGCAUUUGGACUGGAGUGUGCAUUUGAAAAAAAAAAUUUCCAAUAUUAUUAAUUUGUUUAAUAUGCACUAUGGUAAGGGCUUCAUAGCUUGUGAACUAUUUGAACUUUGACCCCUUUGAAGUAGCUCUAUGAGACUUUAUAUGAUUAUUAUUUAAUAAAUGGUUCUCUCUUAUAGGUGUGGUUAAACGGAUCAUGCCUGCUGUAGCCUCUACAAAUGCUGUCAUUUCAGGUAAAGAGGCCCAUGGUUAAUAUCUUAUUUUUCUUUUCAGCCCCGUUUUCCUGAUUAAGCAUAUUAAGAUAAGAUGAAAUUUGACAACUUCUGGUCAGUAUACUUAAUUAUUAAUUACUAUCCAUUGGGUGAGAAAUUGCAAUAAAUUUGUGUGUAGGCUUGAGAUAAUAUUGUGAAUUUUUGGUAAAACAAUAGGCAAUAGCUUUAUAACAGAAGACCCCCCCCCCUUUCCCCCUUACCAACCCAUGUCAUGCACAUCACAUCCUUAAUUGUUGAGUGCUGCAUUUAUAAACGUGAAUAAAGGCUUUAACAUAGCUAUUGUAGAGAAUACGAGAGUGCAUCUCUUUUAUCAAUUUGUCUCAUCAAAUCUGGUUCCUACAUACCGUACUUGAUAGUCUAGAAACACUGGGGAUGACUUUGUAUUGAAUAGCUUUGCGGAUUCACAGGGUCGUUUGAAUAAAACAAGAGUUGUAUUUAUUAAGUGCUGCCAGAGUGAUAGCCAGUUAUUCGACUGUUAGUUGUACAAGAUUCUCAGAACUAGAGGUAAUCAUCAUUUUCAUUUUCUUUUACAUUUCUAAACAGCUGCUUGCGCCACUGAAGUCUUUAAACUGGCCACAAGGUAUUUAUGAAAAAAAGUUUUAAAAAAAAAUAUUUCAAAUAAAUUAAUGUUUGCUCGGGAUUGAGUCUGGUACUGAAUUCAAGACUGCACCAAGUCUGAGUUCAUUUAGUUUCAUAUUUUUGGUUGUCAGGCUCAUUAUCUAUUGUUGAAAUCAGAUUUUAGACUCAAUAAUAGUUUCAUUUAGUUGUCUGCUUUUUAUUUUGAAUUAUUGCAGUUGCUGUGCACCUCUCAACAACUACAUGAACUUCAAUGACACAAAUGGUGUCUACACUUACACAUUUGAAGCAGAAAAGCUGGUUUGUAUUAAGUCUUCCGGCAUUCUACAACACAAUUCAGAUAAUCAAAUAUACAUGAAACAUUUUCUUAAAAUUGAGUUUCAUAAAACAAAAUCUUGAUACAUGAUAAUUAAUUACAAUUCUUUCGACAAGAUAAAGAAUUCAUUUUUAACCUGCAAACUUAUUAUUUAUUUACACAUCAAUAAUAGAUUUAUUAGACAGUAUGAUAGUCAUAAAUGUAUGCAGCUUCACAUAAUUUAAAAUAAUUUGUUAACCCCUACUGAGAGAACAAAAAUUAAAUUUCUUUUUUUUUUAUUCCAGGAAGGUUGUCUGGCCUGCAGCAACACACCUCAGGUCCUCACUUUUACAGAAACAGAUAAACUUCAAGAAAUUCUAACACAUCUUCAAGUUAAUGCUACCUAGUAAGUAAAAGGCUGCAGUAUUUUUACUCAUAACUAAACAUAACCGAACCCUGCAAACAAUGUCUGCAGCAAUGCUUGAACUUCCCAUCAACUAAAGUUACUUGACAAAAUUUGCAUUCAAGUAACACACUUUAUGAGAAUCACAGUUAGUGCUAACUUCUAGGAAUUUUAUUUUGCUCGCCCAUUGACCACAACAGUACAUAGAUCGCUGGAGAAUUAUUACUUGUGUUUUUUUGUUUUUUUUCUUUCUUAAGUUAUAUGAAUUCUUCCAAUGCUGAAUGUUAGAUUUUGAAGAUGUUAAACCUUUCUCCUUUAAAGUGAACCUAUGCAAAAUAUAAGAGUUUGAUAUACCGGUACUUGGGAUCAAACAAAGAAUAUGAGACUCCUUUUAUAAUUUAGCCAGAUGAAGAGUCCUGGGGUGACCACAAGUGUUGAAGGGAAGAACAAGACACUCUACAUGCAAACAGUCAAAUCAAUAGAGGAAAAAACAAGGGAAAACCUGAAGAAAACUCUAAAAGGUACAUUGCCACUUGCAACAUGACUCUUUAUGCUUAGUUAUUACUUGAAUGGACAUAGUGAUGCACUUGUUGGAGGAAACACAUUAAGAUAUUAGGUCUUACAAUAUAUAUUAAGAAGUGGGUUGGGUGGACAGGGGAUAUUCUUUACCUUAAAGCUUAAAGUAGAUAUUUGUGAUCUAAUUAAUGUUUAAUAAAAUUUUAGCUUCUUGUAGUUGUUUUUCCUGUUUGAAGCUGUGUCUAAAGCAGGCGUUGUGUAAGAUCUCCGUUUAAUCAUUAUUUUACUUUUUAAAGAAAAUAUUUUUAAAAUAAUAAUAUAGAGAUACGGGUUAAAAGUAAUAUAUACAAUAAUAAUGUAAGUUGGUACCAGUAUAAAUUUGCAUUUUGUCUAAGUUUACAUAUUCAGUCUUUUUAUUCCCAAUAUAAUAUACAAGUAAAUGUUUUUAAAAAAAACUUCUAUAGGAACUGUGUAUGUAAAUAUAUAUAUUUAUAUAUAUAUAUAUAUAUAUAUAUAUAUAUAUAUAUAUAUAUAUAUAUAUAUAUAUAUAUAUAUAUAUUUUCUUAGAAAAGUGUGUCUCAAAAAACCUGUUCUGACAGAACUUUCUGAGCAGGCCGUACUGAGGCAGGCCGUACUGACGCAGGCCGAACUGAGGCAGGCCGUACUGAGGCAGUAAAAUCAUCAUUAAAGCUGAACAUAUCUUCAGACCUGCCAACCCCUCCGAUUUUAUCGGAGUUAUACAGGUUUUUUACCCCUAAUUCCAACCUUCUGACAAACCCCUCAAAAUUCAGAUUUUCCAAACAUUAUAAUUUUUCACCCGUCAUCAAAAUCCAAAAGCGGAAAGAAAAAAAAAUCGAGUAGGACAGGAAGUGGUGAAUUUCGAUGAUGCCUUUGUCGAAGCGAAGUGCCUACAUGUCCGGUGACGGGAUGAAUAAGUUCUCAAGAUAUUCGUCCAGCUAUUAUAUAUUCAACCUGUCACAUGACCGCCAUAGCAAAGUUGCGCGAGAUAUUAUUAUGUGCGAACUAUUUUUCCUGUCAGCCUUUUGAAGCGACCACUAAUAGUCGAUCAAAGUUUACAGUACGUCAUUUCAACAAAUUCAAGAUAGCCUGGACAUUUACAUAAAACAGAAAUAUGUUCAAUGCUACCAAAGAAAUACUCGAACCAUUGCUGGUAAAUAGAUUGAACAAAUGGUUAAAAGUGACUAUGUUAUAAAGCGUGAUAUGCCAGUAUAAAGCGUGAUAUGCCAGCCAGAUAAAUAUCUCCCGCACUAAUUGUCCGGUUGCCAGAUGUGUAGACACUGCCUUGUUUUUUAACAAGCGAACCGCGAUCUCCAAAGCAUUCUUCAAUCAUCAAUUGAUCCCAUUGUGAUUCAUUCUUUUACUAGGCUAAAAAAUAAUUCAGACUUUUUUUUUAAAAGCUUUUCUUAAUUAAGUGGAUAAAUCUAGUGUUAGUGGUAGGUACAAUGAUAUUAAUGAACAUAUUUUAACAAAAGAAAAACAUACAACUGCAGCUAAAAGCAGUGACACAGUAAAUCUACAACAUCCAUGGCAAAUUUCUUUGCUAAGGAAUCGGACUAUUCAGUUAUCAGAUCUGAAGUUUUAUUUACCACCUUUCCUAUUGAAGGAAAUAUUUCUCUAGCCAACUCCGAUCUUUUUAAUGCCAGAGUCAAAGAAAUGUUUCCAGACAAGCAGAUUGUGAGAAGAUUGUGAAGAAAAAUUACAAUGAUUAUUACAAUGAAACAGGACAAGCAUGAAAGUUGAUACUCUUUCUAACUUGUUUGUACAAGUUGUAACUAAAAUCCGUUGCAAUGCUAACCGCCAGUUGGACAAGUACAAAAAGGCCACAAGGGCUAUGCAGGAAAAUUGAACUCUUAGCAGCCAGUGUACACAUGUAAAUAAAAAGGAUAUUCUGUCCUGUAUAUAUCUGUAUAUUAUAAAUGUUUCCAGUAAUGUUUCUCUCAUGUUCUGUGGACUCUUUAAAAAAACAAUGAAGGUUACUUUAUAUUUCUUUAUUUACUGAAAUUAGACAUUAGGAAAUGGCAUCACCGGGCCGUCGAGCUAAAGCUCCUUUUGCCCUCCGCAAAGCACCCCCCCCUAAGCCCGGGUAUCGGGCCGCAAAGUUGGGGAUGUCCCUUUGCCAGGACAGCCCCCCACAAGAGUCCGCUUGAUUGGGUUUCGCUGGAGCUGUCCCAACCCAAGGACACCAGGUCGGUCCGACACUGUGCAUACACACAGUGCACACCAUCGGGAUGGUAAAUUUACAUCCUAAUAUCUUCCCCCACCCAUCCUAGGGAAGCAUCCGACGCCCUUUAAGAGGGUUUCUACAGUGGGUUUCCACCACCCAACUAGUUUGUGAAGUAACUGGGAGGAAACGGUCCCUUGGGGCGACCCCCCCUCUCACACCCUCCCUAAAGAUUUUUUCAUCUUGUCAGGUUGGCAGGUCUGUAUGUGGUUUUAUCGACACAAAUUGUUUGUGUCUAAUUGAUCUACUGAAAACAAGCAAAUGUAAGAGUAUUUUUUAAACCUUUAAAAGACCAUUUUUUAAAAUCUUAUUUUGUACUUGUGAAUCCGACAGAGCUUGGCUUGGAAGAUGGCCAAGAGCUGUACGUAGCGGAUGUGACAACGCCAAACACACUGACUUUCAAGCUUCAUCUAGGAGCCAGGAUGGACAACUUUUAACUUUAAGACAUUAGUUCCAACUUUAGAUAAAUUGACUGGCGGAUGUUCUUGUGUUCCGGCGUGCACAGCAUAUUGUUAUGUCAGUUCACAAUUGCAGCAUAAAAAGAAAAUUCUGUGCACAUUGUGUUUGAAUCAGAUAGGCAUUGCACUUAAAUAUAAAUUUUACUCAUGAAAUAUUUGUGAGGAAUAAACUGACUCAUAUUUUAAAUUGUUUUUGUUCUCUAUAUGUUUGACGAAUAAUACUAAUAAUGUAGUAUUAACUGCCUUUUAAAUUUAUUGAUUAUUAUAUAAUCUUCAAAUAUGUCCAUAGAAACUGGCCUGGGCCAAUGUAUAACUUUACAGUGGAGGCACACAGUCAAAAUAUAAAAGCAAAGGGAAUUUUCAAAUUUUUUUUUACAAACCACCUUGUAGUAUUUUGUUUUUCAGCCUUUUUUGGGAGCUUUUUUUAUGGUGAUCUUGACCUAUACGUAAAACCUCUAACUGUAUAAAUAGAUCAGUCAUUUGGCUUCACUUUCCCCCAAGGCAGCCGACAGAAUGUCAUUACCUAGUCUUAACUUUUAUUUCAUUUAACCCAAUGAAAACGUAACAAUAGCUUAUAUAUAAGUUCUUCAAAGCAAUGCUUUUUAGUAUUACUUAUGUUAAUCUUUAAAAAAAAAAAAACACAUUAAAAUGGAAUUAUGUUUAAAUAAUUGAGUUAAUUAAUAUGUAUCAAUAAAUCUGAAGUAAAGUUUCACCUCCAAAGAAAUAAUGUGUACAGGAUCUCAUAAUUGGAUCUGCAUCCUUGGAGAAUUGACUCUUUAUCAAUAAAACUAAGACACAACAAGCAUUUAAUGAACAGUUGAUAAAAACUUAAUCAAAUAAGAGAUUAUUGAAGAUUGAAUUUAGUAGUUUUAUUUCAUUGGCCUGUUUGU